GGGGAAGGGGCGGGGCCUGCGCUUCGGUGGCCGUUUAACGUGCGGCGAAGGGAAGGGGCGGCGGUUGGUGAAGGGUCGGAGCGGGCGGAUGUGCUCCCCGCGGAGGGAGCCGGGAGGAGGCGUGACAAGUGUCUGUGCUAAUGAAAUGGCGGCACUCAGCAGGAGCUGUCAGCUCCUAAGAGCAGGGGUCGUCUCUCCGGGGGUGGUGGCGGUGGGCCCGUGGCGGGCAGUGACCCCUCGGUGGGUCCCAGAGGCGCCGUCGUGGAGCCCGCGUUGCCGCCCCCGCGGGGGACUUCUCGGAGGAGACCUUUCCCCGGGCGAGGAGAUGAUUAGGACAAGAAAUUAGUCUAGAUGUGGUAAAGGGGAAGAAAUGGAAGAAAGGAAAAUCAAGAGGAGAAGCCCCAAGUCAUCUACCAGUCACCCUGCUCAGGUUUCUAACUCCAAGAAAAGCUCAGUGCCAGCCAGUAAAAGUACAGCCUUUUCAAAUCCUGCACCACAACCUGCGGUACAAAAACCAAAGUUAAAACGUGUAAUAAAAGAGAAAGCCAGACCUCCAGGAGGUGAAGCAAAAGGGGCACAGGCAGCACCAAUCCAACAUUCUUUUCUCACGGAUGUAUCAGAUGUCCAGGAAAUGGAAAGGGGACUUCUGAGUCUUCUGAAUGACUUCCACUCUGGCAAACUUCAAGCAUUUGGAAAUGAAUGCUCCAUAGAGCAGAUGGAACAUGUGCGGAGUAUGCAGGAGAAACUUGCUCGACUCAAUCUGGAGCUCUAUGGGGAGCUGGAAGAACUUCCUGAGGAUAAAAGAAAACCAGCCAGUGACUCCAACCUGGACAGGCUGCUGUCAGAUCUAGAAGAACUGAAUUCAUCUAUCCAAAAACUACAUUUAGCAGAUGCUCAAGAUAUUCCAAAUAGUGCCACAGGCUGAAAGAACAGCUUGGUCAAUUUGGAUUCUCCCAGAAGUCUUUCUUUUGUUUUUCCUGACAGUGGAAUCUGGAACAGUUGUGUGGUUUUGUUUUUUAGUUUUACAAAAUGAGGAAUCAGAGUGGAAAUAGAGUAUCUAGAAUUUUAAGUAGAUUGUUGUGACACUGGUUUUUAUUAUUGCCUUAUUUAACAGAAAAAUUGGGGAAACAUGCAAGGACAUUUCUUCUGCUCAGUGUUGUUCAUAUGGUUGGAAAUGAUAUAUGUAUAUAAGUUCAUUAGCUGUUCUUGUUUUUUUCUGAAGGCAGUGAUGAUGCUGCCUUUCUGAUCAGUAUGUAGACAAUCUGCACACUAGUGUUUUGUUGAUCAGUGAUGCCACGAUUAAUUUAUUGUUAAUGAAGUAAAACAUUUUAAAUAUGACAUAUUUAGAAAAGUUACUACCUGUUCAGCUGUGUUAAGAUGAUACGAAUUCUUGCAUGGUCUGAAUGUUUGCAGAGUUUACUUUUUUCAUUAUCAUGGCUACUUAUAAAGUGUGACUGAUUUAGAGCUAGCAUGCAUGCUAGCAGUCCAUAUAAUUUGAUCAAGUAUUGUGAAAUUCCAAAAUUGGGUGAAGUUAUUGUUCAAUAAAUCCAGUAUGUGAAA